AUGCUUGUGAGUGACCUAGUCUUGGGGAUUUUCUCCCUCUCUCAGGCUAGUCUUGGACUCCUGGGGAACUCAACAUUGUUCCUGGUGUAUGCUGGUGUCUUUUUCUCUCAGGCCCAUUCAAGGAAGCCCACAGACCUGAUCCUUGCCCACCUGACUAUGGCCAACACGAUAACACUUCUCACCCAAGGAGUUCCAGCUAUGAUAAUGAUUUGGGGGCAGGAGAGCACCUCAGAUUCUGUUAGCUGCCGAAUCAUUAUCUAUAUCAGGAGAGUGUCCCGGGGUCUUUCCAUCUGUACAACGUGUCUUCUGAGCGUGUUCCAGGCCAUCACCAUCAGUCCCAGCACCUCCAGCUUGGCCCCGUAUAAGCAGAAAGCACCCAAGUACAUUCUCUAUUCCUUCUUCUUUUUCUGGAUCCUCAACUCUUCAAUGUAUAUCAAUAUACUAGCAACCACUGAAACCAUCAAACAUGUCAAUAACACAGUUAGUAGCUACGACAUAAGAUAUGGUGCUAAUAUCUUCUGGAUGAACUUUAUAAAUGAUGUUGCAUUUCUAAGUACGAUAACUUUCCGAGACGUCUUCUUUGUGUUCCUCAUGACGUGGUCCAGUGGCUACAUGGUGAUGGUGUUACACCGACACCGUAAACAAGUCCAGCACAUCCACAGCACCAGCCUCUCCCCCACAUCCUCCGUAGAGACCAGAGUGACCCACACCAUCCUGCUCCUGGUCACCUGCUUUGUUGUCUUUUACUGCAUCAACUGCACCAUUAACCUGUUUCUAACCUUUGUAGAGGAGGAAGAUUAUUUCAGGCUGAAUGAUACCAAAGCAUUUCUGGCUAUAUGUUACCCCUCCCUCUGCCCUUUGGUGCUAAUUAACAGUGAUCGUCGGGUCCCUAGGCCCCAUUGUGUUCUCAAGAGAGUGAUAGGUCCCUCUCCUCCCUUGGACUUCAGUGAAAGAGAACAGGUCAGCUCCAUAAAAUGUUCUUUGCCCACGGCUCGUCUUUGA